AUGGAAUCGGUACCUAAAUCAAUACAGAAGGUCCAGGCGUCACUGGAGCCUUAUGUCAAACCACGGGAGCAAGUGGCCUACAUUCGACGCGCCUUAGCUCUUCAUCUUCAAGCAUGUGGCCAGCCGGGCCCUAUCCAGAAGCCCCUUUCACUUGUCGACUCUUCAUGCAGGGUUACACCAACGCAAGAGGUUAGAGGCCUACAAAAGGAAUAUCUCAAGGCCCUGGACGCAAAUCUCAAGGCUCGCAAUGAGUACGAGAACAUAAGAUAUGAAACAGUAACAACAGCUACUUCCCGAACCAAAAAUGUCGAUACCAGCGACCAGGUUGAAGAACACGUUGCUCUCAUAAAAUUGCGACAGAAACACCAACGUCUACAGACGGUGCAGAAAUACCUGGAUCUAUUGGUGCACCAGCCUGCAGCAUCUUCAGACUUUCUCGAUCUGGGGGAUAUAUUCAGCGACUCAUCUCUUCUUCCAAACGUCCCUAAAGAAGUAGUGAGCGGCUUUGUAGUCGGUGCCAGCACAAACGAAACAGACUUGGGUGGGCUGGCUGGGCAGUUGGAGAAGGUCGUGCUCAGAGCCAAAUUGCUUCUACAGCGUGAAGAGCAGCUUUUAGCAGAUGUUCGACAAAGGACAGGGCCGCUGGCAGGUCAUGUCAGGGAUGAGGCGAAAGUGCAUGCUUUGGACACGACCCGAACGGAGCUGAUCAACUGGAUCGAGACGGAACUCAGCAAAGCGUCAGGAGAGUCGGAUGACACCACAGCGUCCCAGGGGAACGGAUUCAAUUCUCGCACCGAACAAGAGGCCAUCGACGAACAUUUAGCCAAGAUCAAGGAUAAAUACAGCAGAUACACGGCGACGAGAAAAGCAGUGCUCAACAUCGUCUCAGAACAGACACAGCCGGUCUUGAAACCCAGGGACGAGGGCACAUCCAGUUCUGGCCAAAGCCAGGGUAUACCAGCGGAACCUACCACCCAUCUCCUCAUCCCCUACCUCGACAAGCUUCUCUCCCUGUCGCGAGAACAAAAGGGCAUGAUAACCCAAAAGUCACACAUUCACACCGUCCUAGCCAAGCAGACCAAGGAAACCCGACAGGCACUUGACCAUCUGGCCGAGGAAAGCCAGCUUCUUCCAUUGCACCCCAUGCCCGGCACAGGCAGGCCCAAGUCUGGCUUCGGAGAGGACUUCUCUGCUGCCAUGUCUGAGAAGCCGAUGUCUUCGGAUCGCGUCAAGCCUUGGGUGUUCGCAGCAGACUCGGCUAAGAUUGCUACACUGGAAGCGGUUGCCGAGAAAAUUGAAGAAGGCCAGGUCGCGCUGGAAGGCUCCAUGCCAGUGCUUCAGGAAGUCGAUAAAUUGUUGGGUCAGAGAUCUAAGGAGCCUGAGGAAGAAGCAGUAGGAGACAUGACGGAAGAAGACAUUUGGCUGACGCAAGGGUCGGCCAAAAAGGCCGGUGCAAGGAAGCACGCGACUCAUCAGAGAAAGGAGUCAACCGUCAAUCCUGAUGACAUCUGGUCGGCGAUUGAUGGGAAACUUGGUCUCAUCGGUUAA